UCUCUAAACCCCAACCAACGCCUCCGCCCUCCGGCAGGCAAGAAAACCCCAGCCCCUUCCCGGAAUCCCCAUUCCUUUCCGGCCGCGCUUCCGAUGGCGUCGGAGCUGGAGGCCGCCAUCGCCGCCCUCCCCGCCAAGAAGCAGCGCCUCCGGGACUCGUUCGACCGCCUCGCCGCCGCCUCCCCCGUCCCCAUCCCCUUCACCUGGGCCGACGUAGACGCCCACAUCUCCUCCCUCCAGUCCUCCAUCGCCGCCCGCUUCCGCCUGCUCCAGUCGCGCCAGGCCGCCGCGCUCCCGGCCACCGCCGACACCGUCCGGCGCCACGUCAGGGGCAAGGGCCAGGACAGCAGCGAGGAGGAGGAGGAUGGGGGGCGGGCCAAGCGCGCGCCUUUGGACCGUAAUGCCGGGGAGGUGGGGGGGCAGGCGAGUGCGGAGAUGCCAGUCGAGUCGUCUCGCGGCCUGUACGGCGCCGUUGAGGAGGGGGAGGCGUCCCCUGGCCUUGAACCAGAGGAGGAGGAGGAUGGGGCGCGGGACAAUCGGCCGCCUUCGGACCUCAAUGCCGGGGAGGAGGGGGAGCAGGGGAGGGCGGAGACGGCACCCGAGUGGUCUCCCGACCAAGACGACGCCGUCGAGGAGGGGGAGCAGGGGAGGGCGGAUAUGGCACCCGAGUGGUCUCCCGACCAAGACGACGCCGUCGAGGAGGGCGAGGUGUCUCCUGGCCUUGAACCAGAGGAGGAGGAGGAGGAGGACGAGGAGGAUGCCGAGGAGACCACCACAGGGGCGUACCCAGGCCAUCGCCAUGGGGAGACGACGCCGGAACCGGCAGGCGGCGCGGGGGAGGCCAGGAGGUGGGAUCUCGCGGCGGCGCGCGCGGUCAGGGAUGCGUCGGUGCUGGCGGACAUGCUCUACUGGGGCAACAAGAGGAGCCUGCGCGCCCGGAGCCAAUUCCUCCCGGCGCUGCGGUGCGUCGCCGAGCCGCACGCGCUCGUCGUCGGCGCCGUCAGGGACUUCCUGGACAGAACCGAGCCCAAGAGCGACAAGAACUGGGAGAACUGCGCCGCGCUGCUCUGUCUGGUCCCCAACCUCGCGGCCGAGCCGUCGGCGGCCACGCUGGACCGGGCCGGCCGGCUGGCGGCGGACUGGAGGGAGAUGAUCGUCGGAAAGCCUGAAGGGCGCAGGGACCUCGGCCGGCUCGCCGUAUGGGGCCUUCUGCAGUUCCUCGUCUCGUACAAGAUCACCUUGGAGCUGGACGCUCGUGGGACAAUGCACCUCCUUGCCGACGUCCCGCGCAACAAGAAGCAGAGCUGCGUCGAGCUCUGCAACAGCCUUGGGAUGGUUCAAACCGUCGCUGACUCGGUGAACUAUCUGGUUGAGAGUGGGCAGCAACGUGCUGCUAUCAACUAUCUGAUUGAGAAUGGGCAGCAACUUGAUGCUAUCAAACUGGCGUGUGAUUUGAAUCUGACCGACAGAUAUCCUCCACUUACCCUCAUGAAUGAGUAUGUUGAGAAGGCUAAGAAGACAGCUCUGGAGAUAUUAAGCAGGGAAGGCGAUUCACCGGAGUCUCUGAACGAGGCCAUGACGGAGCAGGUGAACGCUCUGAUACUGUCGUGGAAGGCGGUCGACGAGCACGUCGACAUGGCGGACCGCACCGGCGUCAAGGCGGAGAUCACCCAGCUGCUGCAUGGGUACGCGCACAAGCGGCUGAGCCUGCCGGGCGCCUCUUCUUCUUCCUCCUCGCCUGCUUGGAGCCCACAGCAGCAGCAGCCGCCGCCGACGCCGGAAUGGCGGCGGCAGCAGAAGGAGCGGCAUGGCGGGCAGAGGCCGGGGGAGAAGCAGAGCAGGAAGCGGACGCGAGAGCACGACUACCACCGGAACAGGAAAUGCAUUACGCGCGCGGAGAGGUGGCGGAGUCGGUUCGCCGAGCUGUCCCCUGGCGGCGGCGCCGGCGGCUCAUUCGCGUGCGACGCGGGCGGGAUAGGUGAUCGUCGCGGCCAGCACUUCCCAGAGGAUCAAGGAGGGCCUUCUCCAUGCUCUGGUCCGUGUUAGUAGUACUGUAUUGAGUAGAACUGAGGAACAAGUCCUGCAACUCCGGUUCGUGUGGAUUGGCCUUUGUCACUGGGCGGUCUUAGCCUAAAACUUUAGGAUUAACAUAAACUUCCUUCUUAACCUUGUGAUUAGUAUGCGCGUGAGCGUCUGAGUCUGUACUGUGUUAGAGAAAACCUUGUAGGGAUGUAAUUUUUUAUGAUCCUUGGGAUACCCUCUCACCCUCCAUGGUACUCUCCAACCAAGUGAACUAAAAUUUCAGAAGCCUAAGGAAAAGGAAACUCAGCAGUUAUAUUUGAA